CCCGGAAGUCCAAUAGCAUUAAAUGUGUAAGAGAAGAAGAAGCCGGUAACAACAUGGAGAAAUCUACAUCCAGAGCCGUGACUUUUUGGACGCACCAAAUGUACAGAGCUGUAACAUGUGAACGUGUGAACGUGUGAACGUGUGAACUGUCCCUUCAAACGUCAGUUUGUCAGUUGUCGUGUCUUUGUGUUCAUGUUCUGUGAUGAAACGUUCUCUGUAGAACCAGGUUCCUUAUCAGUUUAUCAGACGUGUCAGAGUCCAGCAGAGACACUGGGACUAAAACCAUCCAUGAUGUCUCUUUAACUCACUGUCGUGAGCUCAGUCAGCUGAUGACUUCCUGUCUGACGUUUGGUUAAAGGAAAGUUCUGUGUGUCGUCAUUUCGAUCUCUGAUGAUCUGCUGCGGUCUGAUCUGAUCUCAGACCUGUUUCUGCACCUGGUCCAGUAUGCUAAUGAGGGGGGCGGGGUCAGGACACCACAUGAGUCAGGUGAAGGCUCAUGUGUCACAUAUUUGGAACAGUUGGUGUGAAUGAAUGAAAUCAUGAUUCAGUUUCUGAUGUCUCGUCAAUAAUCAAUAACACAGAAGAAUAAGCGUCAACAAACGUGUUCUGUGGUUCAGACCCGUCUCCCUCCUCACGGUUUCUGUCUGUCCUCUGUCUGUCUUCUGUCUGUCCUCCAUCUGUCCUCUGCUGUUUCAUAAUAAACACUAACCCUGACAGACAAUUAUCAACCUGUAAAUAACCACAGUGAGUCCUGACUGCAGACCUGGUCCUGGUUCUGGUCCUGGUCCUGGUCCUGGUCCUGGUUCCUGCUGACUGCAGACCUGGUCCUCGUCUGUCCUGAAGACUGUUACAGAACCUCCUGAUGAUAAUAAUGAUAGUAGCCUGAUCCAGGAUCAGCUCCUGGACCUCGGUCUCCUCUCUCCUGGACUUCCUGUCUGUCCUGGUGGCUGCUGGGUAAAAAGCACAUGGUGUUGGUUGUAUGUUACUUUUCCUGCUUUGUGUUUUUGGUUUUAGCGACAGACUUGAUGUAAAGGUGUAAAAAACAAACGAACCUGGGUUUUUGUAUUUUUGGGAUCUCGUGGAUCUGAAACGAUUCAAGUUUAAUGAACUGUUUGAACCUGGUGAAAAAAAAGUUUCAAUAAAGUUGAAGUGCACAAAACGAGUGUGUUUGUGAGCCGCAGACACUGAAACAUCCUGCUGUUGGAGUCACAUGUCCACAGAUGGUCAUACAAACACAGUCAUGUGACUGGGCACCUUGUCAUGUGACUGGGCACUGUGUCAGAGGGGUCAUGUGACCUGGAGGCUAAAUUUAUCGGCAGGUCUGAGGUCAGAUUUCAGCUGAAGAGACGCAGCAUGGAGGACGGCCGCUGCUGCGUUCACACAAGCAGGAGGCUCAGAGGGAGGACCUGGCUGCAUCUCAGAGGUCAGAGGUCAGAGGUCGUCCAACCUGCUCACCUGUGAACUGUGACAUCACACGGCUGACAGGAAGUGGUCAUCAUGGUGGGCGUGGUGGCGUGCAGUUCAGUGAGCUCCAUUAAAGCUCUGUGGGAGACGAGAAUCAGGAAGGUGCAGGAGGAGCAGCAGGAGGCGAAGGAGCAGAGGAAAAGGAAGGACAGGGGUGGGGCCACCAGCAGACUGAGUGUUGGUGUCUGGGAGGACCGGGCCGUCCUGGCUCGACUCCGACAGAAGCUGCAGACGGAAGACGGACGACUCGUCCUCCGCAUCGAGCAGGAGGAGUGGAAGACGCUGCCUGGCUGCCUGCUGCAGCUCAGUCAGGUCCAGGAGUGGCAGAUCCACCGGACCGGACUCCAGAAGAUCCCCCACUUCAUCUCCAGCUUCCAGAACCUUCUAGUACUGGACCUGUCGCGGAACGGCGUCUCCGAGAUCCCCAAACAGAUCGGGAAGCUGACCCGGCUCAGGGAGCUCCUGCUGAGCUACAACAGAGUCCAGUUUGUCCCUGAGGAGCUGAGCUGCUGUGAGAGUCUGGAGAGACUGGAGCUGGCAAUGAACCGGGACCUGAACCAGCUCCCAGAUCAGCUGAGGAACCUGAAGAAGCUGCAGCACCUGGAUCUGUCCAUGAACGACUUCACCUGCGUCCCGGACUGCGUGGUGGCGCUGCCGGCGCUCGAGUGGCUCGACAUGGGAGGAAACCAGCUGGAGCACUUACCUGAGGACAUCCACAGGAUGGAGACGCUGCACACGCUGUGGCUGCAGAGGAACCAGCUGGAGAGACUCCCGGACAACAUCAGCAGGAUGAAGAGUCUGGACACGCUGGUCCUCAGCAGCAACAGGCUCCGAGACAUCCCCCCACUGAUGGAGGACAUGUCCAACCUCAGGUUUGUUAACUUCAGGGACAACCCUCUGACUCUGGACGUGGCGCUGCCCAGCAGGAGGACAGAGACUGGCGCUGAGGACGAAGAGGACGAAGAGGAUGACAGAGAGAUGUUUGGACGAGAGUUCAUGAACUUUUACAUCCAGGAGGCCAGAAAGAGAGCGCACGCCAUCCUCAACGUGCACAGAGUCAACCUAGAUGUGUUUUCACUGAGCAGCUGAUGAACUGCACUAACGACAGGAGCUGAUGACAUCAUCAUCAUCAGAGCCAAACGAGGACUAAGAUAGCGAGCGGCUCUUCAUCUCUUCUUCCUCUGACAGUAGCGUCUCCUGAAGGACGCCGUCUGUGUUCAUGUUUGUGUUUGUGGAGCUGAAAUAACUUUAUUAAACAUGUCGUGUGUCAGAGUUUAGUUUUAAAUAAAGUUUUCAGACAGACUGAA